AUGUUUGGAUUAUUAGCAGCACUAACUUCACUUUCGAAACGGAAUGAAGGUCGUGAAGCACUGAAUUAUCAAAACUACACUAGUAUAGGUCAACGCAUACCACCGAAUAAAAUUUAUCGUGAAUCGUCUGCAGAUAGACGAGCACGUCAAGAAUUGGGUGCUAUUCGAUAUAAACAACAAAUAAAACAACAAAUCAAAUUCGUUCGUUUAAUGAAAAAGCUUUUGAUGAAAAUUGAUCAUGAAAUGUUCAAUCCAGAAACUGAUGACGAACUAGAAGAAAUGCGUAAAAAAAUUAUUCAAAUCCAACUGAAAGUUGAAAAAGUAGCGCGAACAAAUAAUAUUAAUUGUGAUGAUAUGUUUGAUAUGCAUAGAACUGACGAUACCUAUGACACUGAACUUGAAGAAACCAUUCGAAACGCAAUAUUGAAUGUUGAUAUCACAGAAAAUACUAAUUCAAAAGCAACACACCAAGCAUCGAAUUUCACCAAUGAAACACUAAAACAGAAUACUCAAUCAUGUGUUCAUAACACGAACACUCAAAUAUCACAUACAAGUACGGAUGAUCCAUACGACCAUGGCGAUCUAUUUCUUAUUGAAUGUUUACGUAAAACAUAA